UCACUCACUCGCAGCCACCGGACCCGCGAAAGCCAACGGCGCACGGCGGGUGAGACCCGUGCGCUCCCCAGUCACCAGCGUUAUCAAUAGCCAGCCGUCCCCUGUCUUGCCUGCCACGGAUGGGAUGACCGAGUGACUCGGCCUUGCCCGAAACGAGUUAUUGGCCGACGCGAUGCUUCAGGGCGUCAUGUCGCGCCCGCCCGCCAACGACGCGGCGGCGGCUGCAGCUGCGGCAGCGAUGAAGGCCAAGAGGGCGCCCGCGCCCGUGUCCCCUGGGGAGGAGGACGAAGGGGACGGGCGAGCGCGGGGGAAGCGGCAGCAGCUGCAUGGCUCCGGCGCGGUGCAGGGGCUGGUGGCUGCCGUGGAGGGCGAGGGGGCUGAGGGGCGGGGGCUGCGGCUGCUGAGCCUGCUGCUGCGGUGCGCGGAGGCGGUGGCCAUGGACCAGCUGACGGAGGCGCGGGAGCUGCUGCCGGAGAUCGCCGAGCUGGCGUCGCCGUUCGGGUCGUCGCCGGAGCGCGUCGCGGCCUACUUCGGGGACGCGCUGUGCGCGCGCGUGCUGAGCUCGUACCUGGGCGCCUACUCGCCGCUCGCGUUCCGCCCGCUGGCGGCGGUGCAGAGCCGCCGCAUCUCGGGGGCGUUCCAGGCGUACAACGCGCUGUCGCCGCUCGUCAAAUUCUCGCACUUCACGGCUAACCAGGCCAUCCUGCAGGCGCUCGACGGCGAGGACCGGCUCCACGUGAUCGACCUCGACAUCAUGCAGGGGAUGCAGUGGCCGGGGCUCUUCCACAUCCUCGCCUCCCGCCCCCGCAAGCCGCGCUCGCUCCGGAUCACUGGGCUCGGCGCGUCGCUCGACGUCCUCGAGGCCACCGGCCGUCGCCUCGCCGACUUCGCCGCGCCUCUCGGGCUGCCCUUCGAAUUCCACCCCAUCGAGGGGAAGAUCGGGCACGUCGCCGACGCCGCGGCCCUCCUCGGCCCGCACCACCACCACGACCACGGGGACGAGGCCACCGUCGUGCACUGGAUGCACCAUUGCCUCUACGACGUGACGGGGUCGGACGCCGGCACGGUGCGGCUGCUCAAGAGCCUGCGGCCGAAGCUGAUCACCAUCGUGGAGCAGGACCUCCGCCACAGCGGCGACUUCCUGGGCCGGUUCGUCGAGGCGCUGCACUACUAUUCGGCGCUGUUCGACGCGCUGGGCGACGGCGCCGGUGCAGCCGAGGAGUCGGCCGAACGGCACGCGGUGGAGCGUCAGCUCCUGGGCGCGGAGAUACGGAACAUCGUGGCCGUCGGGGGGCCCAAGCGGACGGGGGAGGUGCGGGUGGAGCGGUGGGGCGACGAGCUGCGUCGCGCCGGGUUCCGGCCGGUGUCCCUGGCCGGGAGCCCCGCCACGCAGGCAAGGUUGCUCCUUGGCAUGUACCCGUGGAAGGGCUACACGCUGGUGGAGGAGGACUGGUGCCUCAAGCUCGGCUGGAAGGACCUCUCCCUGCUCACCGCGUCGGCAUGGGAGCCCACGGACGACGCUGCCGCCUUCUGCCGCCGCGAAAGCCAGGAAACGUAAUUACAAGACAAGAUUUUGCAGCAGCUCGCGAUCGGGGAGUUCAUGCCAGCUUCUAAACUUGCUGCUCCUUCGUGGCCAUCUUUUCUUCUUGCUAUCCUCCCUGAUCGUCUUCUUCUUGCUCCAUUGUUCAAAGCAACAUUCAGUUUUAGAGAUCUGAGGGAAUGCCCACAUGCAGCUGCAGGCUGACGAUCAGAGAUUUGGAGCUAGUGAUGGAGUUCGGAGAGGGAGUGAUAAUAGAAGUGCUUGCACGGCCUGUUUCUGUCAAUUUACUGGUUCGUGUCUACAUCAUCACCUUCUACAGUCACACGCGUCCAGGCCGCCGAACUGCAAAAUAGACAGCUUGCCCGUCGACCGUCUGUCUGCAAUAAACUGAACGAGUCUGUCUACAUCAGUCGUCCCGUUAUACGAUAACACUCUUUUAA